AUGGCCUACGCUGCGAGAUAUCGGCCCAAGCCGGCGACCGACAUUUUCACCAACGACACAGACAUUGACCGAAGGACAUGCUCCCGGACAGUACCCAUGAAGGUCCUCCUCCUCGGCCUCGGCCGCACAGGAACAGCGUCCAUGCGCGCAGCCAUGCGCCAGCUCGGCUACGAAGACACCUACCACAUGAUGUCGUGCUCGAUAGAGAACCCCCCCGACGCCCUCAUGUGGCACGACGCCCUGCUGGCGAAAUACCACGGCAUCGGCAAGCCCUUCACCCGCGCCGACUGGGACCAGCUCCUCGGCCACUGCCAGGCCGUCUGCGACUGGCCGGCUGCGGCCUUUGCGCCCGAGCUCGUGGCCGCCUAUCCCGAGGCCAAGGUGGUGCUGGCGACGCGCGACGACCCGGCGGCCUGGCACGCCUCGACGCUCAAGACGUUCUUCUGGCGCGCCCACGACCCCGCCCUCGCGGCGCUGGCGCGCCUCGACUGGGCCGCGUCCAUGUACCAGCCCAUGAUCCGGCUCUUCUUCGCGACCUUUUUCGAGGACGCCUUUGCGGAGCGCGGGCGGCAGAUAUACGAGGACCACUGCGCCGCCGUGCGCCGCCUCGUGCCGCGCGAGAGGCUGCUCGAAUACCGCGUCAGCGACGGCUGGGCGCCACUCUGCGCGUUCCUCGAGAGGCCGGUGCCCAAGAACAUGCCGUUUCCCAACGUGAACGACAGCGCGCUCUUUGUGACGCGCUCGCGCCACCGGAACAGGAUGCAGAUGCUCAACGUCCUCGUACGGCACGCCGUCUGUCUGCUGGCGUUCGCGGUCACGUUGUACGGCGCCAGCACGCUUUUCCUCUUUCUUCUGCCCGCCGUGAGCCUUGGUGUCGGUGGGCGGAGAGUCGCGUGA